ACACGCCAUCUGCUGCUAUUCCAAAAAGUUUUCGGUAUUUGGCAGAUUUGUUGUUGAGGGAAAACGCUUGAAUCUUAAAACAAAUGUGUUCUGUUUAUUGGUAAUUGCCUCGUGUAAUAUUCUUAUCUUAAGAAAAUGAAUGCAUCCACAGAUAGAAAAUCUUUGGCAGAUCAAGUGGCACAUCUUUGUUACCGUCAUUUUGACAAUCUGCCCAAGAAAGGCAAACCUCUGCAAGGAAGAGAAUGGACAAUAGUAGCUGCAGUCGUCCAAAGGACCGCAAAAAGAGUAAAUUCGAAUAUUUCACUCAAAAUUGUUUCUAUGGGAACAGGCUCCAAAUGUGUUGGACAGAGCAAACUGUCACAAGAUGGUGAUCUGUUAAAUGACAGUCAUGCUGAAAUUUUAGCCAGAAGGGGUUUUCUUCGAUAUUUGUACCACCACAUAGAAAUAGCUGUGUCUGGGAAAGAAAGUGAUAUAUUUGUUGUAGAUCCAAAGACAAAAAAGUUUCUGCAGAGAGAAGAAGUUUCAUUCAUAUUUUUCUCCAGCCAUACACCAUGUGGGGAUGCAUCCAUAAUUGUAAAAGAAACAAACACUGCAUCAGGUACUACAGAAGAAGUAUUGCAGCCAACCAAUGGCAGUGUAUCAAAUCCUGAUGAAGAACCCCCUUUGAAACUGUCAAAACUUGAAAUGCAAGAUGUACAUCGUACUGGGGCAAAAUGUGUAGAAGGUGGACCUCAGGACCUCAAACAUUCUGGUAUUGAUCACCACAUUGUUGGGGCUUUGCGAACAAAACCAGGAAGGGGAGAUCGUACAUUAUCAAUGUCAUGCAGUGAUAAAUUUGCUAAGUGGAUUAUAUUAGGCACUCAAGGGUCCCUCUUGAUGAAUUUUCUUUUGAGGCCAGUUUAUGUUUCUCAUAUCAUCAUAGGAAAAUGCCACUUUAGCCAAUCUGCUAUGGAACGUGCUUUAAUCACCAGAUUUGAAAGUGCUCUCAACCAAAUGCAGAAUACUGAAUUUAGGCAGCACAAACCAGAAAUAAGUCAAUCUCAACUUAAUUUCAGAUUUGGCAAGCAGGUAGAUGAUGAAGAAUGCCAAAUGCAACCUUGCCCAUCUAGUAUAAUUUGGUGUGCAUGUCCUGUGAAACAGUUGGAAGUGGCGGUAGAAGGAAGAAAACAAGGACUAACCAAGAAGAACCAGAACCAAUCAUCAUGUUAUCUGGAAAUUUGCAAGAAAAAUCUGUUUAAGAAAUUUCUCUUUCUCCUAAGCAAAUUUCAAGUUGAUGAUUUGCCGAUGCAUUUAAAAGAGCGACAUACUGACAUUCAAACUAUGACCUAUAACCAAGUUAAACGAUUAUGUACGGACUAUGUUCAAAUGUGGGAAAAAGCCCGCGUGAACAUCUUGCCGACAUGGACUACGAAACCAACAGCUUUGACAGAGUUUACUGUAUCUCUUGACAGCUAAUUCUUAAUACAAGAAAUGAUUUGAA